CAAGGCCACUCAAGGGCCUCCACAGCGCGGAUGCGGGCAUUACAGCCUUUGAAUUUCGUGAGAGAACCGUAGCGUACAUAUGGUCCCACAUGCGAUACUCUCUCAACCUGAUUGGCCAAUAACUCAACACCAACGUUCCGACAUCGUGUAGUAUAAACCAGGUCUCUCCGCAAUCCCGGGAUCGCGUUGCUCCCUGUAGCAUACCACUAUAUGUUCUUGUGUCUUGGACGUCACGAUGUUUCGUCCGAUCCUCGUUGUUCGAGAAACAUGGAAUAUCUACACACCUCUCGAACGCCGCAACAUCGUUAUAUACAUCGCCGGUAUCAUGAUGUACAAGUUUGGCCUUGAAGCUUUCAACGGAUCCGUCAUCGCUCUUGCAACCAACCGUUACGACGAACUUGGAAAAAAGACGCAUGCAUCGAUUACCUUUCAACGCGUGGGCAUCUUGACUGGACUGAACCAGGCAUUUCAGUGUAUGGGAUCAAUCCUCAUCGCGCCUUUGAUCAGAAGAUAUCCGACAAAGAAUGUACUGUCUUGCUCGGUGCUUAUAUUUGGAGUCAUGAGCAGUCUGCUAUUAAUUCUUGACGCGGCAACCGGAGGCAAAUUUGUGCCAAAUGGACAACCAAAAGGAGAUUUCAGUUACUACGGAGACUACAACACGGACGGCAUGAUCCCCAUAUUUUGCGUUUGCGGUGUCGUUUAUGGCAUGGUCGAGCUCAUUCGACGUGUGAUUCCCCGCGAUAUUGUAGGUGGCAACGUCCAGAAGCUACGACAAAUGGAUGCAUUAGUCCACAUCUUCUAUGAAGUUUCCGGCACUGCGGGUGCUUUUUGCACGGCGCUGGCACUCAUACCCUACUUCGGCAAUAACUACUCCUUCAUCAUCACACCCGUCUUCUUCGCGGCGGCAUCGAUUUUAUGGUUCUUCAUAUAUGAGGAAGAAGCUCCAAGAGCUUAUGAGUUUGUGUUAGAGAGUGAGUCAACCUAUGUCAAAGCCGUGGUUGGCGGCUUCUACCUCUUCUUCGAAUCAGUAUGGACCGGCAUGAAGAUCAUCUUUACCCAUCGGAAAUUCGUCUGGUUACUCCCCGGAUACUCAUUAGCACUUUACGGACACCGUUACCUUGAAAACGGCAUUGCGCCUGCAGUAGCACGUCGAUACCUCGGGAACUCGGCUUGGUCACAGAUCAUGGUUGGCGGCUCCAACUUCGGUGAACUUCUAGGAGCCCUAUUCGUGUUCAUGUUCACCAACUUAGUGCACACUCCGAUGCCCUGGCUGCGUAUCGACGCAUUGGCGCUUCUUAUCGUCUGGUAUCUGCCCUUCUGGUAUCCACCUAAGGGUGACGUUGGUCAAGCCUGGAUCGUGGCUGCGACCUUCCUUCCCAUCAGCUUUGGCUGGGCAGCUGGUGAUGUUUCACUUGCAGCCUACAUACAAGCCUCUCUCGCACGUAUUGAGUCAAAAUCGAAAAACGUGUCUGCAUUGGGCGCCGUUAUGGCCUUUCUCUACAGCUCAUAUAUCGUUACAUACGCCGUUGCAUCGGUCAGUCUUGGAACAUACAUCGAUCGAGUAUCAGACAAGCACGACGAGAACAUCCAGCCAGCGAUCCGAAAUGUGGCCGCUAUCCAGUUCACAAUUAUCGCCGUUUUGGUUAUGACAAGCACGUUUAUUCCCGGGGGCGCCUUUGCCUUCAACCCGAAACUGCUCAGUGAGGAGUUCUUAGACACGGAUCUCGAGGAUGAGGAAUUGGAGUUUGUUUCUAAGUCACAAACCAAGAGUAAGAUUAGUCACCAAAGCCAUGACACGGUGAGUCUGGGAAAUAGUAGUAUAUGAGUGGUUUACAUGGUAAACACAAAUUGUAGCCAGAACGGUACCACACAUGAUUAUCCCUUCACUAUCUAUUUAGGGCUGCGUGAUACUGAAGAUCGCCGUAUAGAUACGCGGAGAAAGU